UUGUAAAAUGUUUGUCUGCAUCAUCUGUUUACCAAUAUGAUUUUGUGGCUGAUUGAGUUUAUACCCUAUCUUUGGGUAGUGACAGUGCCAGUUUAUGGCUCAUUCUGUGGAAUUGAUCUCAUUUUACGAAUAUCUAUUCUCUUGUUUAUUUAUGUCAUCGCAGGAGAAAUGGUUCCAAAAUCGUUGCAUUUAGUGGUUCCAUAUCUUAGCUUUGGAUUAUGGGCUUUGAUAGUGUAUUAUGUGCCUGUUAACCUGAUUCCAUGGCCAGUCAUCUGGUUGUAUGACAAGAUAUUAUGGAUAACUGGGCCUGUUCUGAUGAUCUCAGAAAUCAUUCUUGCUGUGAAUUUCCAAAUGCAGUGUAGUCAGCGUGUUUGUAAUCGGAUACAAGAAGAUGAUUCCUCAUUAUUUAAGCUUAUCAUAAUUUUAUUUUCUGCGGCUUGUUAUGCGCUUAUGGCAUCCUUUCUAUAUGAGAUUUAUUCGACUGGCUCCACAACUCACUAUUUACUGGUGUUCUUAGUGCUGAUUAUGUGUGUAGCGGUACACAACAUGAUGUGGAUGUCCCAGGAUGGAAUCCUAUGUGAUGCAGCUUUUACUUGUUUGUGUACAGUGUGUAUUCUGUUUGCCAUGAAAGAGGAGACAACUCUCAUCAACUCACCUCUCAAAACUCCAUCCACCUGGUUUCAGUAUGAUCCCAAACAGUCCAUGUUUCAUCUGGGAUUGUUCAUCUUCAAUAGCACAGUGGAUAGUGCAGGCCUGGCCAUUGGAUUUCUGAUGAAGUUUUUGCGUCCAUUUUUCCUGUUGACUCUUGGUGUUCGGCUUUAUAGCAUUCUGUACAUAGUAGAAAGCUUGAACAGAAUAGAUGAGCUGCAGCGUGAAUACGAUUGGCCUACUUACGAAUUCCUGGAAGAAAAAAUAACUCCCUGGAAAUCUCCCCUGACGGUGAAGCUGGCCGUCGUGUUCAUGUUUACUCAAAUGACCAGCAACUUGUUCUACGAGAGUCAAGGUGUAACAAUUCUGAACACAUUCCCAUUUAACCUGGUGAGGAAUUUCUAUCCCAAAGACAUCAUAUUUGGUAGAGUUAUGCAAAUGAUUGCUGUAAAUUGUUUCUACAUUGGGAGGUUAUCCAAUGAAAGGUCAGAGUGGGGCGACUAGUUCUUAUGAAGUGAUAUGAUUGGUCCAAAUUGUCUUUAUACAUUCAUGGAACAACCAAUCAAAAGGUAGAAUGAAACUCUUGGAUCUCAUGGAAUUGAAUUAUUUAAUUAUACAUCCAAAGACUGUCAAUGAUAUGACAUAGAAAAAUGGCUGUUUUUUUCAAUAAAUUAGAAUAACAGAUGUAAACUUUUGCUGUAUUGAAAGAUUAUGCAAUGUAGGAACAGUUAGAGUGCAUUGCUGGUUCUGUGAGAUGUGAGCUUUUUUAACAGGAGUGGUUGAUUGUAGUUAAGUGAGUUUAUUUCUUUGAUAGAUUUUCCAAAAUUUCUUCGUUAUUAAUGUACAUAUCAUUUUGAUUAUGAAUACCGGGGUAAGUGCAUAGAAUUCUAGUUUGAUGUGUGUAUAUCUGAAGAAAGCAUGCAAGAAGAAAUGUGCCCUUUGUUGUUGUUAUCAUUCUGUGUGUGUGAGUGAAAGAGAGAGAAGAGAUGAUAUCAUGAUAGUUUAAAUAAGGUGUCAGUGUCUUUGAUUGUACUAGCUAGUACAUAACGACAUACAUUAAAGUAUCUGAACUACAAAUCAAAAUGUACAUGGAAAAUUAUUCUAGAACUUUACUGUAUAUUUCUUUUUUUUUCUUUUUGAGAACAUAUUCUAAUCAUAUAAGAACAUUCUUUGUUUUAUGUACAUCCUCUAAAACUUGUGUAUUAAUCUGUUUUUAAAUUAAAAGGUAUACAGUUUGUACUUCUUGAUAUUAUGAUAUUAUACCAAAACAAAUCUGAUGGUAUAAGAAUUGCAUAAUUUAUUCUUUAUUUUUUCCUUUCAUUGCAGGGUUGUCCCUAAGGUUUGAAAAAGCAAAGAACAUUAAAAAAUUGAAGGGGGUCUGGAGGUCCUCCCCUAAGGUGGACUGAGGGGGAAUACAAGAAUAAGUGGAGGAUUAUGUAAUUUUAAUUGGGGGAAAUUCCCCGACACCUUGAUCUUAGGGACAACAUUGCAAUGAGAUUUUGGGAGGCGGCAUAAUUAAAAUUUUACAAUAUUUAAUUUUCAGUAUGGGAAUAGUUUUUCUUGUUUGAUUAUUAUAUGUCUUUUUUGAAGAUUUUCCCCCCUUUUUACAUGACUGUAUGUAAACAUAAACAGCUGUCCAUAUUAUUUAUACAUGUACAUUGACUAAUCCUAACUUAACAAAUGCUCUUAGUCUGUCCAAUUUUGUAUGUUUAUCUUUGAUUAUGUAGAUAGAGAUGCUUUGUUUGCCUCCAUUUUGUUUAUAUUAGUGGAUCUGAAAAAAAUAACUGAAUUUUUUUUAUUUGAAGACUUACUACUCAUGGCAAUAUUUGUUGCAGAUCAGCAUAAUUUAGUUAUUAUAGUCACAUUCUUUGAAUUACAGUGGAGCCUCAUUUAUCCGGACGCAUUGGUUCCUUGUUAAUUUGUCCGGAUAUGUGAAGCGUCGGGAUAUCUGAAUUACCAGUGAAACAAGACAAUGUAACAUUAGAAAUUCUGUUCCGAUGAAAAGUCAUCCGGAUACUGAAGCAUCCGGAUAUCUAGCAUCCGGAUAUCUGAAGGUCCACUGUACUUCAUUUAUAUAUAUAUCAUCGGAUCUGCAUCAUAUCAGAAUCAUUUACAUGUACCGGUAGUUCUUUGUGAUACAUAUUCAGAAUCUGUAAAUUCCUUCUUUUGUCCCAUGAAGGUGUAUAGACUGACUGCUCUCUGUAUCAGUUUAUUUUUUAAGGGGGGGUAAUUUCGUCGCAUAAAAAGGCACAAAUUGAUAAUUAUUUUUAUUAUCAUUUUAGGGUGAUGCAGAGGGGGUGGGGUUUGAUGAAUAUUUGUUCCUAUAAUUGGUGCAUUGCUAAUUUAUGAUAAUAAAAGUUACUUCAAAUUUAUGCACCCUAUGAAAAGAUGAGGACAAACAAAACCUAAUAUUAACUGUUAUAACCAAAUAAUGUUGACUAUGGUAUACCAUUACCUUAUUCUUCUAGGUGCCUGCUGAUUCUAUCAAGAUAUAUGUAUUAACAUUUUUUUAAAUAUUAGGGUAAUACUAAUUAAAAUAGUGUUUUUUUUUGUUGGUUGAUUAUUAGUUUUUUGUUUUUCUCUCAAUCUUGUUCAUUUUUUUUUUGUAUGAGCCAGAUUUCCUAUGAAAAUCUGCAUGUAGAAUGUUUUUGAUUUUGUUAUUUCAGAGUAGAACACAGUAGACCAAUUUUUUAAGGUAAAAACCUUUUCUUGGUUUUGUAUUGCUUUUUUAUAUGGGUAAAUUACAAACUGCUGCAGCUGAUUUUGUUAAAAAUAGAAAAUAAAAUUAAUUGAAAUACCACUUUACAUUUU